UAGCUUUGCUAAAUCUUUUUUUUCCGUAAUGGAACAACUAUAUAAAUAAAACAGAAGGCACUGGUAGAGAAUGAAGACCCGACAACAAUUGUAUACGCAUACUAUAAAUUGACAUUUUUUCACCAUUCCUCAUUAUUUUGUCCUGAAGCGAAAGGCUGGUUGAUAAAGGAUGCUGUCCUUCCAGCUGGUUUGGAUCCUUGCUAUAACAGCUGCUUUACUGGUAGAAGCUCAUGGGCAGACAAAUUGUCCAGGUCCCCAAGGAUCUCAGGGGGGAAUUGGACCUCUUGGCCCUGCAGGACCACCAGGCAUCCCAGGCACCCCAGGACCACCUGGUCCACCAGGUCCCCAAGGACCACCUGGACAAAACGGAGCUCCUGGCCCUCGAGGACCAAGGGGCAAUCCAGGUGUCAGAGGUCCUUCUGGUCCACCAGGUCUGCCUGCCAGUCAAGAUCCUAAACUACAAAACGACAUCAAAGAACUCCAGCGUAGAAUUGCCCGAAUGGAAAGAGCUUUGACCUUGGAAGAAAAGAUGGCAAUUGCUGGGGAUAAGCUGUUUGCCUCUACUGGAAAGGCAUCUGUCUUUGAGACAGCAGACUUGACUUGCAAAAAAGCCCAGGGCGCCAUUGCUGCACCAAGAAACGUGAAAGAGAACAACGCUAUUCAGAAGAUUGUGCAAUUUUACAACAGUUAUGCCUAUCUGGGUAUUAUUGAAAGUGAUGUGCCAGGGAAAUUCCAUUUCCAGAAUGGGGAACCUUUGAAUUUUACCAACUGGUACAAGAAUGAACCUUCCGGUCCAGGAACUGAAAAAUGUGUGGAAAUGUACAGCGAUGGCACUUGGAAUGACAAAAUGUGCAACAAUUACCGCCUUGUGGUCUGUCAGUUUUAAAACCCAACCCCAAGGCAACCAUUGAAUGUUCCUUAAAACAUAACUUGAUGUGAUUUUUCUGUCAAAAAAAAUCAAUAAAAUUCCUUGCAUUUUC